CUCUCCUUGGGAAACUCCUCCUCGAAACACUCCAACCCUCACCAUCCAUCGCGCUGGGAGCAACUCUUUCCUUGUCAUUCAAUUGACAGCCUCUCCCUCUCAACCCAAUAGCUUGAACGCUACUUUCCCCCCCUUCCAGUCACCGACCUGAACUACCUUUACCUAUUGAAGUCGCGACAUCAAUACUCCCUUCGCCCAUCAUGAAGUUCAACGCUGCUGCGUUCUCUGCUGCAGCCCUGCUUGCUGGCAGUGCCUACGCCGACGAUGCCCAGAAGGUCCUGAGUGAGGACAAGACCUCGACUGCCGCUGAGUCUGCCACCUCUGUUGCCCCUAAGCUGGCUACCUUUACUCCUACCACCCUCAAGGCCCCCUUCCUUGAGCAGUUCACCGACGACUGGGAGUCUCGCUGGAGACCCUCCCACGCCAAGAAGGACUCCAAGGACGAUGAGGAAUGGGCCUACGUUGGCGAGUGGGCUGUUGAGGAGCCCACUGUCUACAAGGGCGUUGAGGGCGACAAGGGUCUUGUUGUCAAGAACCCCGCCGCUCACCACGCCAUCUCAGCCAAGUUCCCCAAGAAGAUUGACAACAAGGGCAAGACUCUGGUUGUCCAGUAUGAGGUCAAGCUUCAGAACGGCCUCGAGUGUGGUGGUGCUUACCUCAAGCUCCUUCGCGAGAACAAGGCUCUUCACCAGGAGGAGUUCUCCAACGCCACUCCCUAUGUGAUCAUGUUUGGUCCCGAUAAGUGCGGCCACACCAACAAGGUCCACUUCAUCUUCAACCACAAGAACCCCAAGACGGGCGAGUAUGAGGAGAAGCACCUCACUGCCCCCCCCACUGCUCGCAUUGUCAAGACCACUGAGCUCUACACCCUUAUUGUCCACCCCAACAACACCUUCAUCAUCCAGCAGAACGGCGAGCAGGUCAAGACCGGCUCCCUCCUUGAGGACUUCUCCCCCUCUGUCAACCCUGAGAAGGAGAUUGACGACCCCAAGGACUCCAAGCCUGAGGACUGGGUUGAUGAGGCCCGUAUCGCCGACCCCGAGGCCAAGAAGCCCGAGGACUGGGAUGAGGACGCGCCCUUCGAGAUCGUCGACGAGGAGGCUACCAAGCCUGAGGACUGGCUUGAGGAUGAGCCCCUCACCAUUCCCGACCCCGAGGCCCAGAAGCCCGAGGACUGGGAUGACGAGGAGGACGGUGACUGGGUCGCCCCUACUGUCCCCAACCCCAAGUGCACUGAGGCCUCUGGCUGUGGUCCCUGGACCAAGCCUUUGAAGAAGAACCCCGACUACAAGGGCAAGUGGACCGCGCCUUACAUCGACAACCCUGCCUACAAGGGCGUCUGGGCUCCCCGUAAGAUCAAGAACCCCGACUACUACGAGGACAAGACCCCCGCCAACUUCGAGCCCAUGGGCGCUAUUGGCUUUGAGAUCUGGACCAUGCAGAACGACAUCCUCUUCGACAACAUCUACAUUGGCCACUCCGUCGAGGACGCCGCCAAGCUCGCUGAGGAGACCUUCAAGGAGAAGCACCCCAUUGAGCAGCUCGCCGAGCUCGCCGACAAGCCCAAGGAGGCUGAGAAGCCGAAGUCGCCCAGCGACCUCAAGUUCCUCGACGACCCCGUCCACUUCAUCAAGGAGAAGCUCGAUCUCUUCAUCACCAUUGCCCAGAAGGACCCCAUCCAGGCCGUCAAGUUUGUUCCUGAGGUCGCCGGAGGUAUCGGUGCCCUUCUCGUCACUAUCAUCGCCAUCAUUGUCGGCCUCGCCAGCUCCGGCGGUGCUCCUCCUGCCGCCAAGAAGGCUGCCGCCGACGCCAAGGACAAGGCCAAGGACGUCAAGGACAAGGCUUCCAAGGCUAUUGCCUCUGGCGCUGACGUCGCGAAGGAUGCUACCAAGCGCAACACUCGUAGCUCGUCUUAGACGGGAGUGGCUCGAGAUGGAAUUAUGAAUUAGCUCGCUUUCUCUUUGAUAUUGUCGGCGGCGAUAAAAAGGCCAGAAGGCCACAGGUCUCGUGCCCAUACGGCACCAGGGUGAUAUCAGGACCAAAGAGAAACACGGAUGCUGCUUUUUUUUCAGUUACUCUCCCUCAUUUCGUCUGUUUUUGGGCCCGUUGGGGCACAGACAGAGAGCAUGGCGUAGGUGUAUUCUAGGUAGCUACUGAAAACAAAAGAAGAAGGGAUUGACCAAAC